AUGGGCUCUUUUGGUGAUGUGACGGAGUUUGGACAUGGUUUCAGGUCGCAUUUCUUGUUUGAUUCCAAGUAUACCAAUUUGAAUCACGGAUCCUUCGGUACAUAUUCGUUGCCCGUGCGCAAUGCUCUUCGCGGGUAUCAGAAGCUCGCGGAGGCCGCACCGGAUAAGUUCUUGAGGUAUCAGUAUGUCGACCUCCUUGACAAGUCGAGGGAGCGAGUUGCGCGAUUACUCAACGUCCCGUCCGACGAAUGUGUCUUUGUACAGAAUGCGACAUCAGGCGUCAACACUGUUCUACGAAAUCUCCAGUACAAGGAGAAAGACUGUAUAAUCUACUUUGAUACAAUCUAUGGAGCCGUCGAGAAGACCCUGAUGUCCAUCGUCGAAACAAACCCUCAACUUACAUUGCGUAAAGUCGGACAUGGGCAAGACUUUGGCUACUCACUUCCUUGCACACAUUCCGAGAUACUCAAUGCACUUUCACAAACCAUUUCCCGCGUCCUGUAUGACGGACUUCGACCGAAGGUCUGCGUUUUUGAGACUAUAACUUCGCUACCUGGGGCACGAUUUCCCUUUGAGAGGAUCACGAGAAUGUGCAAAGAGUACCAUAUCAUCAGUGUCAUCGAUGCCGCCCAUGGUAUUGGUCAAAUCCCGCUGAAUCUGGCCGAGCUGGAUGCCGAUUUCUUUGUUAGCAAUUGUCACAAAUGGUUGUUUACUCCUCGCGGGUGUGCUGUACUGCAUGUGCCCAAGCGCAACCAGCAUCUCAUUCGGACGACAUUUCCAACGUCUCAUGGUUACAAACCGCCCACUUCAUCGUCUUCCUCCAUUCGAAAUCCGCUCCCGCCUGGCGAAAAGUCGGAUUUUGUGACGCUGUUCCAAUUCGUCGCUACCGCCGACAACGCGCCAUACUAUUGUGUGCCGGCUGCCCUGAACUUUCGACAAAAUCUGUGUGGCGGUGAGGAUGCCAUCUACAGCUACAUUCGUGAUGUUGCCCAACGCGGGGCAGAUCUUCUUGCCAUGAUUCUUGGAACUGAAGUCAUGGAUGAUCUCGACGCAGGCUAUGGACUGAAGACGAUGGGAAGCUAUGAAGCCAGCGAUCGACGAGACGGAGGAAGGACAGGUUGGUCCGGCGGUCUCCGCGAUUGUGCCAUGGCCAAUGUUUUACUCCCGAUCACGAUAAUGGGCGCCAAUUCUCGGGGGAGCAUUAGCAUGGGACCUGGGGGCGCAGGAAGUGCUGGUGGAUUGUCUCCUGCUCUGCGCCAAUCCUCCUUUGGCUUCCCGAGUGCCGGCAAAACAGCACAAACUUAUCGCUCUGGUUCCGUGGGUGGGAUGCUAGGUGAUUCCAAGCUAUCCACAUCUCCCCCCAGCUCUCCGAGUCUCCCCUCGGCCGGUCCCAUCAUUGUUCAGGAAGCCGAUGUUCCUACGCACAUCGCAUGGAUGCAGAAGAAAUUGGUGGACGACUACAAUACCUUCGUUGCCAUCUACGACUACGAGGGAAAGCUCUGGACACGAGUUUCCGGCCAGAUCUACCUCGAACUAAAGGACUUUGAGUGGUUAGGUGGUGUCCUGAAAGCGCUAUGUGAAGGAGUGCGAUCUGGGGAGAGUCUGCAGAAGAAAGGACAAGCUUCGGCUCUAGACAGAGAAUUCGAAGCCUUCACUCUCGGAUCGCCAGCUCCCUCGAGACAGGGAACAGGAACGUCGAUGAGGAGGUUCGAUGUCACCCUAGGGGGAUGGGUUGACACAUAA